AUGGGUUAGGCAGAUAGUAAAUAAGAGAAGGACUUUUUAAGAAAGAUUGACUCGUAGUAUGAAUUCCUGAAACACCUGAAUGAUGCAAGGUACGGGGAUGGUAAAUUGUUCGGUAAGAAGAAUGACAAGUCCCAAAUGAUUGUAUUAAAGAACAUUAGUGUUCCAGAUGAAGCUAGUUAUUAAGCUUGGAAGAAUAAAUUAUAGAUGAGACAAUCUCUAAAACAUAGUAAUAUUAUUGAGUUGAAAGGUAUGCAUAACGAAUCCUAUGAAUUAGAAUCAAUUUAAUCAGAGGAAGAGCAAGUUUGCAGUACCUUUUAUAAGGUGAACCUCGUAUUUGAAUACAUCCCUCAGACUCUGAAGGACGCAAUAGAGCAGAGGAAACAAGCAGGUGCCUAUUACGGAGAAUAAGAGAUUUUAUAAAUGUUGAAUGGAGCAAUAGAUGGAUUGGCCAAAUUACAAGAGUUUAAGAUUGCCCAUUAAAAUCUGAGAGUGCAAACCUUAUCCUAUCUAAAUGGAAAUGUCAAAGUGAGUGACAUCCCCUUAUUAGCCAAUAUCACAUCCUUUGCAGCUGUUUUACAAGAUUAUGGAGAUGCAUCUCAAGGCAACUAUCUCUCUCCAAUAUUGACUAAGGCAGUCUAUGAGAGCAACCAUAUGCCUCAACAUAACUUAUUCAAAUCAGAUGUGUACACUCUUGGAAUGAUAUUCCUUUAAGUUUGUUUACUAUAACCUUAGGAUAAUUGUUACGAUUACUUUGAAGGGAAAAUAAACAUGCAAUAAUUGUUCACCAACAUUGAAUAAGCCAGAACCAUUUACACAGCUGAAUUAGUUGAAAUUAUAGAAGAAAUGCUAGAACAGAGUGAAAAUGAUAGACCCGAUUUUAUCUAGUUGAGAAACAAAAGAAAACAAAUUAUUCCCAAAUAGGAACCACAAUUUGCAGAGCAGAAUUCUCCUUAAUAGGAUGAGGAAUACUAGAUGAUGUUCUAUAAGAAUAAUGAUAAUUAAUUUGAAGUCAAUCAAUCAGUCUAGCCCUCUUAUCAGGAUGAAGGACCAAUUCCAUUACUGGAAGACAAUUAUGAUGAGUUACAUCCCCCCUUAAAAGAACCAACACCAGCUAGUUACAAUGACCAUGAUAUAUUGAUUCACAACGCAGACAUCACCAGAAAUUCUAUCUCUCCUAUGAAGUAAAACAAUUCAAUUGGGUAAAUUCCAAAAUCAUAAAUCUAAGAAAUUCAAGUUCAACCAAUCUCAUUUGCUUAGAAUACUAAUAUCUUAAAUCAAGACCUUUACAGAAUUCCAGAUCUACCAAAAUAAAAUAUUAAAUAUGAUUCUCAAAUCAACACUAGUGUAUACAAAGACUAUGCACAACCUAAAAAAUAAGAUGCUUACACUCAAUCAAGUCUUUUAUUCAACAACAACAACGAUUAGCAAAAAUCCAAUAUCCAAAUACAACAAUAUGUUACAUCAUACUAACCUUAAAGAGAAUCAUUCAAAGCUACUGAUUAUAUGGAUAAAUUCCACUUCUCAUCACCCAAUGACAUCAAAGUAUUUGAAUAAACUCACCAUAUCGAUUAUAAUCAACCUAAUAGAGAGUCUUAUCAAUAUUACUCUGCCUAGCCAUAAAGUAGAUUUACGUCUGUCCAAUAAUAGCCAUUAACAUAAUAAUCAAAUUACACUCCUAUAUAGGCAGUAUCCGCAUAUCUCCCAAAAUAGAAUAUGUCAGCAUAUGUUAAUGAGACCUAUCCAAAUGGAUAAAGGUAUGUUGGGGAGAAGAUCAAUGGCAAAAAAGAAGGCAGAGGAAGAUUGUACUACAAAGAGGGAGGUUAUUAUGAUGGAAACUGGAAGAAUGACAGAAUUAGUGGUCAAGGAGUCCUAUAUUAUGCAAGUGGAAGACCUGCCUAUGAUGGAGAAUGGGUCGAUGACAAAUUUUAAGGAUAAGGUAUUUUAUAUAAUGAUACUCCUAAAAUUGAAGAGAUCAAUUACAGAAAUCUAGAAGAUAUUGGAAAUGCUUGGACCAAAUAUGUUGGGUAAUUUUAUGAUGAUAAUAAAAAUGGAUAAGGAACUCUCUAUUUUUUGAAUGGCGAUCGUUUUGAAGGAAAUUUUUAAGAUGAUAAUGUCUAAGGAUAAGGUAGAUACAUUUCAAUUGGAGGAUAAGUAAUCUAAGGAAUUUGGAACUUUAAUCGUUUUGUGUAAUGA